GGAGCGCGCAGGCGCGGAGCAGGGCGGGCGGCCCAUGGCCCUUGGUGGCGGCGGGUCGUGGUGGUGGUGGUGGCGGCGGCGAUGACCGACUACAGCGAGGAGCAGCGGAACGAGCUGGAGGCCCUGGAGUCCAUCUACCCGGACUCCUUCACGGCAUGGUAUCUACUCUGCCUGAAGUUCCACAGUAUCUUACAGAUCCCACAGUAUCAACUGAAGUUGGCAGCAACUUCAUCGCAAAGACAUUUGCCCAUUGUUUUAAUCUGAACAUCUUUUAGGCUCUUCAGUUUUAUGUUAAAGUAUUGUCAGAAAAGCCAACGACUUUCACGAUCACUGUGACAUCUGAAGCAGGAGAAAAUGAUGAAAGAGAAUCUUGACGAUAAUGAUGUUACGGACAUAAUAAAGCUACUAGAACAACAGGCAGAAGAAAAUUUAGGAAUGGUAAUGAUCUUCACUCUAGUCUCAGCAGUACAGGAGAAAUUAAAUGAAAUAGUGGAUCAAAUAAAAACACGAAGAGAAGAGGAAAAGAAACAGAAAGAAAGAGAAGCAGAAGAAGAAGAGAAACAACGUUUUCAUGGCACUCCUGUUACCAUUGAGAAUUUCCUAAAUUGGAAAGCGAAGUUUGAUGCAGAACUCCUAGAAAUAAAAAGGAAAAAAAUGAAAGAAGAAGAACAAGCGGGCAAAAAUAAAUUAAGCGGUAAACAACUGUUUGAAAUGGAUCACAACCUUGACACGUCUGACAUCCAGUUCCUGGAGGAAGCUGGAAACAGCGUGGAGGUUGAUGAAUCUUUAUUCCAAGAAAUGGACGAUUUAGAGUUGGAGGACGAAGAGGAUGACCCUGACUACAACCCUGUUAAUUUAGAUAGUGAUUAGACUUUUUUUGAACUGACUCUGUCAUCGGUAUGGACAUAUGUAAGGAGAGAGGGGCAGGUGGGAAAGCCACAGCAUCUGUGGUUUUAGUAAUGUGUAUCAGUUUUCUUUUUUUCCUUUUCUUUUUUUUUCCAAAGAAAAAAAACCAAAAUAUUUUAAAUCCAGGAGAGUGGUCUUCUGAUGACUUUCAUCAUAAAUAAAUUUACUUCGAUAUUUCAAACAAAAAAUUUGAGGAAUAUUGAUGUCUGAAAAUGCUAUUCUGUUUUCUCUUAUUUUUUUCCUUCCUAUUUCUGUAACUCUCCUUUGAAGACAGAUGACAACGAGCAAGAUGGCAAGAUGUUAUAGUAAGCACUGAACGCAUCUGAAGGCUGAACGGCGGUUCUGCUGUCUUCCACCUAGGAUAUACAUGGGCAGCUUGGUGAAUAAAAGGGAUCACAUACUAUGCAGUUAUUUUUUAUUUUUUUAUCUUCUGUGGAAUUUUAUAACACUUUAGUCAGUUCUGGUGCCCCAACCUAUCAGCUGUUGAUAGGCAGCACUAGUCACCUUUGAAUAAGGCAUAAGCUUAUUGAAGUUUAAUGGAAACCAUUUCCAUACUACUGGAGUAAAAUCUUUUGCUAUAGUUGAGGUUAAUAGUUUCAAAAUGACUAGUUCAAGUCUGUAGGAAAAAAUUAGAAUGAGAUUAAGUCCUCCUAAAAAGUCUGGUUGAUUUGUUCAGAAAGGUUUGGGGUUUUUUUUUAUUUUGAACUUGUACAUCAAUGAACUCCAAUGGCAAAAAAAACCCCAAAACAACCCACCCAAGGAAAAUUAGUUUGCUUUUGGCAACAGACUAUGUUGAAACACUAUCAGUGGAGCACAGAAGACAGUACCAGGAUUUAUAGAGUGCUCAGAAGUUUCAGUGUAAUGGGUGUUAUUUUAGAAGUAUCUUGGUGGCAGCCCAUAAAAGUUAGCACAACAAACAGUAAAGCUCCACCUCAACUCCCGGAUGUUAACCAUCCUGCAGAGUUGCUUAUGGAGCUAACAGCUUGAUGUUAGGCUCCUCCUUCCUUCCCACUUCCAAAAAAAACCACACAACACUGUGAGAACUGCAGUGUUUAAAGAUGCUGUGUUUAAGACUGUAUCAGCUAGAAGGAUGACAGUAUGGGUGAGGGUUUCAGAAAACAGCUCUCCAAGAAGAGCACCACAAGGCACCUCAAUGAUUAAACACUGUGUGCUGAAUUUUAAGAUGCUGUUAGUAGACUGCCUUAACUGUGCCAGCUUCAAGCUUUGAAGAGGAUUGCACUAAAGUAUCACAGUUCUUAAAGUUUAUAAAUUGAUUAUUCCUGUAAUAUUUAGAAAUUCUGUAUUGAAACUGAGAAACUUAAUUCCAGAAAUAAUUUAAUGGUGUAAAAGAUUCUCAUAUCGCUUGAGAACAUCUGUUUGGGAUGAUCUUUAACGUGUUUCAGUAGUCUUGUCUUUUUGUAUUCAAGAUGAAUGAGUUUCUAGUAGAUAGAAAUAAAUGUUCAAGUACCCUGUAAAUACUUUUAGAAAUUAAUCAUGUGCCUUUGUUCCUACUGCCCUCUAUUUGUUCUCUUUAAUUUUGGCUACUAAGAACUGUAGACAAGCAGCUAGGUUUCAAUGAUAGUGUUGUAUGUUCCAAAGCAAUAAGCAGGAUCUGUGUUCCAGCAGAGUUACCAAAUAUAUUAAAAUAACAUGAGCUAAUGUGAUAAUAAAUCUGGCUUUUCCAAAGCUA